UUCACUUUUUAAGUUAGAAUAGAUAGAUGCUGCCCGGUGAUAGAUUUUAAGCUUUUAAAUAUUCCUGUCCUUAUACAGUUUAAUUUAAUUCAGUUUAUUAUAUAAUUAUGUUAAUUAUGAUUAGAACAAUCAACCUUUUGUUUAUUCUUGCCUUAACGUCUUUUGUUAAUGGGGAUCAUUUCGCUGAUGUUGUCAAUAAGAAAGUUGACCGUGAUGUUGAUGCAAGCAGCCAAUUGGUAACCAUUACGUGUCGCAUUGCUGUUGAAAACUCUGGUAAAACACCGGUGGAUAAGUAUUUUAUUACUUUUGAUGACAAUCAUUUAAGCCAAUUGUCAUUUAUUGAAGCUUCAUUGGUGAAAAGUGAUAAAUCCAGAGUAGAUUUGAAAGUUACUGAAGAAAAUUUACCCACAGGCAGACAAGCCUGGGCUCUUGAUUUGAGUGAUAACAAGAUUGCUCCUGGAUCUUCAUUGGAUGGUAUCGAAGUAGAAGCUGUUUUCACCCAUCUUCUUCAACCUUUCCCCAAUACAAUCUCUCAAUCUGAGCGACAACUUGUUCUUUAUAAUGGUAAUCACUAUUUCUAUAGUCCAUACCUGACCAAAUCUCAGACAACCAAAGUCAGACUUUCUUCUAGUUCAAUUGAAUCUUACACUAAAUUGAGACCAAGCUCAACUUCGGAUAGAACAGUCAACUAUGGUCCUUAUGAAAACAUUGCCCCUAAUAGCAUAUCCAAACUGCAAGUCCACUUUGAAAAUAACUCACCAUUCUUGACUGUGACGAAAUUGGAUAGAACCAUUCAAGUAGCUCUAUGGUCUGGCAUCAUAUCAAUUGAAGAAAUUAUUGACAUUCAUCAUGAUGGUGCAGUCUUGAAAGGACCUUUUUCACGAUAUGAAUUCCAAAGGGAACCCACUAAUGGUAUAUCAUCGGUUAAAAGUUUCAGAACAAAGCUUCCCGCAACUGCAUUUGAUGUUUAUUAUCGCGAUGAUAUUGGAAACAUAAGUACAAGCAAUCUUCGUACUGGUCUCAAACAAGUGAUUGCAGAGCUUCGACCAAGGUUCCCGUUAUUUGGAGGAUGGAAAACUCAUUACAUUAUUGGCUAUUCCAUUCCCCUGAAAGACUAUCUUUCCGAUGAGGGUAAUCAAUAUACAUUGAAAAUUCCAUUUGUUGAUCACAUUUUCGACAAUGCUGUUAUCGAUGAAGCCGUCACAAACAUCAUUUUCCCAGAAGGAGCAACAAACAUAAAAUUACAAACUCCGUAUAAUAUUAUUAGGGAAGAGGACCAAAUUCACAUGUCGUUUUUGGACACAGUAGGCGAACCCAAGAUUAUUCUUAGAAAGAAUAACUUAGUUGAAGAUCAUAUUCAACCUCUUAAAAUCCAAUUUGAACUCAACAAAACGGUUCAUACAUUUCAGAAGCCUGUAAUAUUCGCGGUCUCUACGUUUUUGAUAAUCCUUCUGCUUACAUUCAUCUUGCGCCUUGACUUUAGCCUUACUAAAAACGUUGGAAAAGAUGGCCAGAAAAAAGCUCAGAACGCACAGCGUCAAGUAGAUAAGAAACCUAAACUUAAGAAGUAGUAAUAGAUUAUGUUAUCUAAUGGCAAUUUAAAAUUUUUCAUUUCAUGUUUUCAGCUACAAAAAAAAAUUGAUUUUGAAACUAAAUUUCGCUAAGUUUUUUGUUCCUUCUAUGGAAAAUUCCUUUUUUUAUCAAAACUCAAUAAAUUAAAAAAAAUUAUAAAAAAA